AUGGGGGAGGUUGAAACUAGCGACGAUACAGAUAACGGACGGCUCUUAUCUGAUUUACGCGUUGCCGAACUUAAGGUAAUAUAAUGCAAAUUAAUAAUUGAAACGCAACUAUUUAUUUUCAGGCGGAGCUCGAAAAACGUGGAUUAGAAAGUAAUGGAGUGAAAGUUGUUUUGACAGUUCGAUUGAAUAAGGUAAGCUAAUUCAUCUGAAAAAGUAUAUUUUUUCAAGUUCAUUUCCAAAUCUUUAUGUUUGUUAUUCUUGUAUUUCUACAUUCAUAUUCAAAUUUGACAAAACUAAAGCAAUAUCUGAAAUCCAUAACUAAAGCAUUAAUUUAUCAAGUUGUUGGAUUAAAUCACGACGAAGUGUUGUCCGGUGAAAGCUGAAAACAAAAUUAUUUAGUUCUUAUCUUUCAAAAAAUAUAAACUGUUUUCCUAUUCUCAUUAAACACAUUGAAUUUAGAAAUUGUUUUCUUUGAGCAACCGAAAACUCUAAUGUACUAUUAAUUUUCUUUUGGUUCGUCAAUGGCCUAUUGUUCAGUUUAUUUUCGGAAGGAAAACGUUUUCUUGGAAACAAGAACACGAAGCCAAUUUACAUAUGCUUUUGAGCUUUUUGUAGCACAAUAAGAGAAAAAACAUCAAACAAAAAAUCAAUAUUUUUAUUUAAAAAUAAUUCUCUUGGAUUUCCAAUAAAUUUUCCGCCAAUCUUUUUGAUGUAAGAAAAAGAAAUAUAGAGCAGUUUUUUGGCCCUUGAAGAAAACGGCGAGAAAAAUUAAUUACGAAUAGUGGGCUGGAAUAGGCAUAAACAUUAUUUUAUUUCGUGAGAAUAAAUAAUCAAUGAAAUACAAUUUUCAACUUUGAAAGGAAAUUUGAAACGGAUAUGAAAAUAUAAAUAUAAACCGACUUAUAUUUACAUUUUCAUUCAGGAUCAUCUUUUUGAAUAAAUUUUUUGUCAAAAACAAGCAUAUGGCUUAACUCUAAACACUUCAAUCGGUUGUCGCUCAAAUAUUCGGCUAAAAACGUAGUGAAUAGAAAGAAAAUAACUCAUAUUUUUAGUCUCCUUCAGAAGCUAUUUAAAUAAACCGCUUCCUUUUUCUGAUUGCUUUCUUUUUUUGCGAGGGUCCAAAAUUAUUAAUUUUUCCCGAGAUAUAGACAGAAAAAAAAAGAAAGAGGCAGUUGUUUUUCUCUAUCCAAACUCGCAUUUACCCUCCCUUUUUCUGUUAAAAUUUAUUUUGUUCGAAACACAUGAAAUAUUCAUAACGUCGAAAAUGACUUGAGAAUACAAUUUUCUCCUUUUUUUCGACAACUACUCACCUUCGGUUGACGAUGAAAAACAAAUUGAGAAUGAUGUAAGAACUGUGAAUCAUCUUUACUUGCAUGUUUUGGCAUUUGAGAUGGUGCAAAUGUAUUUGAAUGAGCUAGUCGAUAACCAGAUGAAGCCAAUUGAUCAAAAGCUUUCUCGAGAUUGCUAUGUUUCAAAAAGAAUCUGAAUAAUUAUCAUAUUAUAAUAAUCACAUUUUUUAUAUUCAAACUAACCUUGAAGUAUAUCUAUCCAUUUCAAAAUCAGUUCCACCUCCAUCUCUACAUUCAUUCAAUGAAUCUCCGAAAACAGCUCUACACAUAAUUACUUUUCCUGAUACAACAAUUCGAAGAACCUGAAAUAGUCGUCUUAUUCGUUUUUUUAUUAAACCAUUCAUCAUUCUGCUCGUUUUUUUUCGUCUACUAUAAUGGCUUUUUUAAGCGAGCCAUGCUCAGAUGUGAACGAAGAUAAUGUUAUUAGAACACAUAUUUUAUGAGUUUGUUUGUUAGUACUAUUUGAGGAAUCUUACUUUUCUGAAAGUGACUUCUGGAUUAAUUCGACCUGUUGAUAAUGCUGCAUGACAAGAUAUACUAAUUGUGGAAGGACAAGCUGCUUCAACAAAAGAUAUUAGACCAAGUCGUUUUGCCUGCAAUAUUUUUGAGUUGUGAGAUAAUUUUUCAAAUAAAAAAGCGCUCACCUCGGCUGCUAGUUUCGACCAUUGGUCAAAAGAAUCUGACACAAUUAUACUCAUAUCUUGUCUUCGAAGUGCAUCAAUUAAUAUUCUUAGAAUCUUGGCAUCACAUUGAGAUAUAGUUUCUGGCGAUUUUACAAGUAAUGAAUUCGGAGCUCUUUCCAAAGUUUUCUUAGUCGUGGUAAUAGUUAUACCAUGUGCACACACAAGUUGCAUUAAAUUAUCGUUCAUUUUGUUGUUGAAUGGCUAAAAUGAACGAGAAUGGCAAAGUGGUGAUCGAGAGGCGGAGUUUGCUCUUUCCUCUCACUCCCAAAAAAAUUGCAGAAGAGAAAGGCAAAGUUUUCCUUAUCUUCUGGCGCAGAAAAAACAACACAAGUAAGCAAAAGGAAGAAGCAGAAGAAAGAAGUCUGUGCGUCUCUCGAUACUCUUAGCUCCUCCCACUUUUUUAUUUGAGCUCUAAAAGACGACUAGCCAUUUUUCAGUUUUGUUUUUGUUUGGAAGAAAAAAGCGAAGAAAACAAUGUUUACCAAAAAAGGAAAAUUCUCAAAAAUUUAGUGAAAUAGAAUUAUAUUGGGAAAAAAAGAAAGAAAAGAAAGGUUAUAUGCACUUUUUAGUAAUACAAUGUAGAAUCUAAAGUGAUUUAUAUUUCUGGGGAAAAAAGACGGAUUCCAUUGUUCGGUUUACAUUUUUUCGAGAAAAAUAUGAAUUGGGUUGGAUCAACAAAAAAAACAAUUGUUUUGUUAGAAUAUUCAUUUGAGCAAUAAAUUAUUUAUUUUCUUUUUCAGGCUCUCCAAUCCGAAGGUGUUGAUCCAGCCACAUAUCGAUUUUUCAAUGUUGCAGCAAAAUCAUCUCCAGUGAAAAAAGUUGUGGCCGUACCACCGAGAAAAAUUGAGGCACUUGCAAAAAUGGCAGAGAGUAAUUAUAUGGGUUUGUGUUUUUUUUCGUCAUGUUCGCCAAUUAUUUUUUAGAUUUUAUUUCCUUUUUUCCCUUACUUUAUUAGUAUUCGUCAAUUAUACUUAAUUUGAGUUAUUAUUUUAAUGAGCAAGGUUUAGUUGAAACGAAAUGCGAGCAAAAUAUGGAUGAAAAAAGAGAGGACAAUGAGAAGAAGAUUAAAAAGGAAUGGAAAACGGAGGAAAAUGUUGGAUUGGAAGAAAAACCUUUUGGAAAUCAACACAAACAAGAAAUCCAAAUCAAACAAGAAUUGGUGGAACAAGAGGAAGAACAAGGAGAAUAUGAUCAAAAUAAUAUCAUAUCAUAUGAGGAAAACACAAAUAAUUUUGAAUUGGUUGAUACUGAAAUACAAAAUGAUGCGAAUAUUUCGGAUGAAAAACAUGACGAAGAAGAAGAAGAAGGUACUUAUCGUAUAGUUAUUAAAAUACAAAUAUUGCAUCUAUCUGAAUACAAAUUUUGAUAUCUAAAAAUUGAGAAAGAACCGAAAUGUUGUUUAGAUUAGUCGUAGGUAUAUAUUGAAUUUAAAAAUUACGGAGAUAAUUUGAUUUUGGGGCUUUUAUGCGAAUAAUUGCGAAUUGACUAGUUUGUCGUUGCCCUUUUUAGAAAAAAUAAUAAUAAGGCUUGAUUACUGUAGAUUUGUUCUAGAAAUAGUUUUCCGUUUGAUUUUGCAUUGUUUAUAUUGACUAACCAACCAUGUGUAUGACAAUUUCGAAAGGAUAUAAAGGAUUUUGAUCUCAUCACUUCCGAAUAUUGUGAAUUGCCAAAAAACGACUCAAAUUCAUGGACAUCUAAUUGUCUUUUUCAUGUUUUGUGAUCGAUUUCAACUAGAUUAUUAUAUUUCCAUCAUAUUUGAAACUAUAUAUUUCUCAUUUCCAAAAGUGGUUUUACAGAAAGAGAUGAAGGAGCAGAAGCAGAAAAAGUGAUUCUAGAAAUCAGUGGAAUAUCUGAAGGAAACAAUGAUAAUAAUGAGCAAUCUGAAAUUUCGUUGGAAAUCAAUGAACAAGUUGGUGAUAAUUUGAUGGAUAAAGAUGAAGAAGAAACAGAUGGAAAUCACGAUAAUAAUUGUGAAAAUGAAGAAGAAGAGGAAGAUCUUGAAGUAGUUGAAGAUGAAGAAUUAGAAGAAAAUGAUAAUAUGGAUGAAGAAGAGGAAUAUGAAGAUGAAGAAGAAGAAGAAGGAGGAGAAGAAUAUCAGGAAGGAAUAGAAGGAGAUAAUCAAGAAGAGCAAAUCAGACAGAAUAAUGAGAUUCGUGUCAAAAGAUCACAAAUUGAUGAUGAUAUGUUAGAUGAUCCAUUAAAUGAAUCCAGAAAAUCAGCGACACCUCAACCAACACAACAAAAUCAACAAGAACAAACUAUAAAUGAACAAGUUAUGGAUACACCAAGUGAACCAACUGAACCAACUCUCACAGAAAAUGAACAUGAUACAUUGAUUGUGGAAGAUGAUGUUAAAUUCAGAUCAAUAUGGAUACGUGGAUUGACAACUGAAACUAGUGCGGCCAAUUUAAAGGUAUCAAAUCUGACAUUUUCAUAUUACAUAUAUUCAUUCAAUCAAAAAUGAAUUUUAAAAUUUUUCGGAUAUAGUUUUUGCAAAAAAUAAUUUCUAAUUAUUUAGCAACUUUGUAUGGUCUAUGGAAAAGUUCAACGAGCCAAGAUUUUUAAUUCGCGAUCAAGAAAAGGAGAUGUUACAACAUGUUUUGGAUAUGUCACAUUCACUGAACAAUCAAUGUGUGAUGCAUGUUUGGAAGAAUUGAAUGGAACUUUUGUGAAUGGGAAACAGUUGGUUCUUGAAAGAGUAUGUUUUUUUUUCUAAUUUUAAUAAUUUUGUUUUAAUUGUUGAUUUUUUCAGGCAUCGGAGUCGACUCUACUUGAUAGUACACAACGAAAAACGUAUCAUAAACCAGUGAAUGAAAUAAAGCCACCUGUAGAGAGAAAGAGAAUUGUUAUUGAUGCGCCAGAACCAAAACGAGAAACCAGUAAAGAAAGGAAGGAACGAGAAGGUUUGUUCUUUAAAUUUUGUUAUUAAUAUUUAAUUUUUCUGUAUUUAGAAAGAGAAAAAGGCGAGAAGAGAAAGAAAACCGAUUGUUUAUAAAAGAUCACCGGAACGUGUCAAAAAAUCGCCAGUAAGAACAAAAUCUGGAUCUGAACCACGAGAAAUCAGUAAGAAAAACUAUAAACAAGUUCGAAGCGGAAAAUUAAAUUAUUUAGAAACAUCACAACGUCGUAUCACAGCAGCAGUUUCAUCUGCAUCUUCACGUGUUCCUCGACAAUUUAUUACAACUCAUGGACCAAUGACAGAAUCCUUGAUUAUUCGAACUCGUGUUUCGCCAGUUAGUGAUUCAAUUCAUCGAUCAGUUGAACGUGGUAUUCAAAAAAAUAUAUCAACAUCAUCACUUCGCCGAAAGAAACCAGUAGUAACAAUUCCAUCGCAAUCACAUCAAUCUCGUACAAUUGAAAAUGAGACAAGACGUCGAGAAGAUCCAACAAGAUCGAGAGAACGAGAAAGAGAUCGAGAAAGAGAAAGAGAUCGACAAAAAGAACGAGAAUUGGCUGAGAUUUUGAGAAGAAAAGAAGAGGAACAUCGACAUAGAGAAAGAGAAUUAGAAUUACAAAGAGAACGAGAUCGAAUUCGAUUUGAAAAAGAAAAAUUGGAACGAGAAAGAUUGGAAUUUGAACUUCAAAAACAGAAAAUGGCAUUAGAAAGAGCAAGAGAAGUUACAAGUAGUUAUUCUUCAUCAAGAGGACAUUCUGAACGAGGAGAUACAUCAUCAAGAUAUUCUAGAGAAACUGAACGAAGAAAUGUUUCUUCGAAUUCUUCAUCUCAUAGAGAUGAUCGUAAUCACAGGUAUCUAGGAGCUCUUUUUAAAAAAUAACAAGCUCCAAUCUAAAUUUUUGAAAAAAAAACAACAAAAAUUAGUCAACAGGAUUUGUUGGAAGAAUUUGUAGAAAUCAUGUUAUUAACAACAUUUUUGUCAAUUUGAUUCUGUCGUAAAUAAUUUAUUUGAGUUAGAGAAAACUAUAUUUCAGAGGAGAUUCUCGCCGCGAUAAUUCCUCAAGACGCCGCUUCGAAGAAGAUAUGAUGUCACCACCAAGAAAGGUUCAUACCGAUGAGCGAGAUACAAGAAGACGUGAAAUUCCUGGUAAGUGGAAAUGUUUAUGAUGCAAUUAAAGUUUUUAACAAAUCAUUUUGUUAUAGUUCAUAUUCCAAUGCCACGAUCAAAUAAUGGAAAUGUUUAUGGUAUUCAAUCAGGAUCUUCAAGAGCAGGAGGAUAUGGAAGUGCAACAAAAGAUUAUAGUGGAAUAUCAAACUACAGAGGAACAUCAAAUGCACAAUUGAAUGCUUUUGGAACACAAGAUACUUUUUCUGGUGGCAGUUCAAGAGGAACUUAUCCGAAUAGUGGAUCAAGUAAGUUUAUUUUAUUUUGUGAUAAUUUGGUGUGAAAACGCAUGAUGCAUGUUUUCAGAUGGUUAUUUGGAUGACGAUUUAGCCAAUUUGGAACGACAUAUUGGAGUUUCUGCAGGUUUGUGUUAGAGCAUGAUUCAAAAAAAAAAGUUUUCAAGAUUUCAUGGAAAGUUUUCGAAAAAUGUCGAAAGUUUUCUAACAUUUUUGGAGUGUGUUCUAUGAAUGAUUUUGCUUUCUUUCUCCAAAUCCUCACAAUUGAGAAAAAUAUUCUAAUUAUUUGUAUGCUUGUCUUAUUGUUGUCCAACAUGAAAAAAAUUCAAUAUUUCAGGUUAUCAAUCAAGCAGUGCUCUUCCAACUUGGGGAGGUUUGAAUGCAAACGGAGAACUUGAUCUUGGAAAUUCGAGUGGACCAUGGAACACUCAAUCAACUGCUCCUUCAUCUUCUCGUGGUAAAUUAAUUUUUAUUUAUGAUUCUGAUUAAUUUUUUUGAUUAUUCAGGAGGAAAUGAUUGGAAUGGAAGUUAUGAGUCUCGUUCUUCCCGUCAACCAACAUCUAGUCAAUUCUUCCGUGGCGGAUAUUAA